UUUCUAUUAUUGGAAUAACAUAACUCUACCAUCUCUCAACCGAUCCACCGUCGUACGGCUCUCUCCGGUUUCCAUCCCCUCUUCCCCUUAGGUUAGUCGAUGAUUAGUAACUGUCUUCGUGUUUUAUGGCAUCUUGUUUCGAUCUUUCUUACAUAUGUUUUUAUAUCUUAUCAGCAGUAAGAGAUCAAGCUUAGAUGGGUGUUGUUGAGAUUCCAGACAAUUCAAAGGCAAUUGUUAUGCAUGAUCCAUCAAUGUUGAACCACACAGGUCCGAACAAUGCACCUCCAUUUGCUAACCAGGGAGCACAGAAUGGUAUUGCAGAUUCAGCUGCCUACAAAGCUAAGAAAUGUCAGGAUGCGUUACAGGAGACGGGUCUGAGAGUCCAGCAACAUGAAGAGAAUAUGAAGUUUUUAAAGACUAAGAAGAACAAAUUGGAUGAUUCGAUUAUAGAUCUACAAGUUGCACUUGGAAAAUAUCAUUCAGCAACCAGCCCUGCAAUUGAAAAUGAUGGUCUCUCCUAUGUACGGAGUGAGGAGGAAACACUUGAACAGAUUUUAAAGCAUGAGAAAUCUGCAGCUGCGAUUUUGUGCCAAUUAAAAACCCUUCAUGGUACCCAGGCUUCUAAUUCUCCAUUAUCAAAAGAUGUGCUUGGUGUUGUUGCCACACUUGCAAGAGUUGAAGAUGAUAAACUCAGCAGGGUUCUCUCAGAUUACUUGGGACUAGAAACCAUGUUAGCUGUGGUAUGCAAGACCUAUGAUGGUGUUAGAGUGCUGGAAACAUAUGACCAAGAGGGCCUUGUAAAUAAAAGCUCUGGACUUCAUGCACUUGGAAUGUCCAUCGGGCGGCCUUUGGAUGGCAGAUUUCUUGUCAUCUGCCUUGAAAAUUUAAGUCCAUUUGCUGGUGAUUUCAUAGCUGAUGACCCACAAAGAAGGCUUGAUCUUCUAAAACCCAAAUUACCAAAUGGGGAAUCUCCACCUGGUUUUCUUGGAUUCGCUGUAAAUAUGAUCAAUGUGGAUAGCAUUAAUCUGUUUUGUGUAACAAGCAAUGGUCAUGGCCUAAGAGAGACCUUGUUCUACAAUCUCUUUUCACGCUUACAAGUGUACAAAACGAGGAUCGAGAUGCUUCGAGCUCUCCCAUGUAUAAGCAGCGGGGCAAUCUCUUUGGAUGGUGGAAUUAUAAAAGGUGCUGGCAUAUUUUCACUGGGAAGCAGGGAUGUAGAUGUGAAAUUUCCCAAGAACUUUGGAAGGACAUGUCCGCCUCAAAACUUUUUCCAAGUUGAGAAUAAAAUAAAGGAAGUAAAAUGGGAAAGAGAAAGAAUUUUAGAAGACAUGCAGAGAGAACAAGCACUGCUAGACCACGCAAGGUUCAACUUUGAAGUAAAAAAACAAGAUUUCAUCAAACACCUUGCUCAGAGCUCAUCAUAUGCCACUCAAAUGCAGCAACACCAGCUUUAGCAUUAGAGUUUUGAAGGAGUGUGUAAUAUCAGGAGUAACAUUUUCUGGUGUAUAUGAAGAUGGAAGCUCGACAUAUUUAUCUCUGCAACUAUAGGCUUCACCAUCGGUCUCUGCAUCAUCUUAAUUAUGUACAUGUAAAUGUUGGUUUAUGUCCCAGCCUAGUCCGUAGUGUACCAGCCAUCUGUGCUAAUUUAUUCUUUCUUUCGUACAUGAAUCAUCAUAUGUCCUUGGUCAAGGUACUACUCUUGUACUAGGAAGAUAAAAAAAAUGACUUUGUUUUAGGAAGUAUUUGACUGCUUUCUUUUAAUUUAAUGUUAACCCCACUCGGUGCUUUAAAUCAAAUGUCUCUACUUUAGAGAUGCUUGUUUGCCUCGAACUUUGCUUGGUUUUUUAUCCUAUGAACGAUUUCUGUGUUGCCAUUUUAGUAUCAGUUUUUCAUGUAAAAAGUGUGUUCAAUAGA